AUGUCGGACAUUGAGAAGAUGAUAGGCGGCGACUACGCCCAGCUCACCAACACCAACAUCCGCAGCUUCGGCUGGAAGGGCGUCACCGUCACCGUCAAGGACCGCCAGUCGCAGCAGCCCAAGACCAUCCUCUCCGACAUCAAUGGCAUCGUCAAGGCCGGCGAGCUGCUGGCCCUCAUGGGCCCUUCUGGUUCCGGCAAGUCGACUCUCCUCAACGUCCUCGCACACAGGACAGCUUCCCUCGCCGCCAACGUCAAGGCUGCCGUCUACAUCAACGGCUCAGCAGCCAACCCCAAGACUUUCCGUCGCAUCUCUGCAUAUGUUGAGCAGGAAGAUGCGCUGGUCGGAUCUCUCACUGUCCGCGAGACACUCAACUUUGCAGCCCGCCUUUCCCUUCCCAAGUCAGUCAGCAAACUCGAGCGCAUCCAGCGCAUUGAAGCACUCCUCACGGCAUUCGGUCUGCAGGGCCAGGCGAACAACCUGAUCGGAACUCCAAUUAGGAAGGGUAUCUCCGGUGGUCAGAAGCGUCGUGUCAGCGUUGCAGCCCAGUUGAUCACCAGCCCCAAACUUCUCUUCUUGGACGAGCCUACCUCUGGUCUGGAUUCGGCCGCCUCUUUCGAAGUCAUCUCCUUCGUCAAGGACAUUGCGAAGAAGCACAACCUAAUCGUCAUUGCAUCCAUACAUCAGCCUUCCACUUCGACCUUCGCCAUGUUCGACAAGCUGCUGCUCCUCUCGCAAGGUGGCACUGCCUACAGUGGACCAGUCUCUGAGGUGCAGCCAUACUUCGAUGCGUGUGGUUUCCCCAUUCCACUCUACAUGAACCCAGCAGAGUUCAUCAUCGACUUCGUCAACACCGAUUUUGCCCGCGAUCGAAGCGAGGUUGACCAACAGCUGAACAUGGUUCACUCGUCGUGGCACAAGUCUCGUCUUGCCACUGCUACCGUCACUGAACUCACUGACGAGAUGGCUCGCAACUCCAUGGACACCGACAUCAACGCCGAGACCAAGGACGAAUCUGCCGGCGCCUUGGCCAUUCCAGCUGCUCUCAUCCACCGAUCAUUCAUCAAAUCCUACCGCGAUAUCAUCGCUUAUGGCAUUCGAAUUGCCAUGUACAUGGGUCUGGCCGUGAUGAUGGGUACGGUCUGGCUGCGUCUCAACCCGGACCAGGGCAACAUCCAAUCCUUCAUCAAUGCCAUCUUCUUUGGUGGUGCUUUCAUGUCCUUCAUGGCCGUCGCCUACAUCCCCGCCUUCCUGGAAGAUCGCGCUCUCUUCAUCAAGGAGCGUGCCAACGGUCUCUACGGACCAACCUCUUUCAUUUUCGCCAACUUCGUCACCGGCAUUCCCUAUCUGUUCCUCAUUGCCAUGCUCUUCUCGAUCGUGGCUUACUGGCUCUCCAACUUUCGACCGACUGCUCAGGCCUUUUUCACCUGGGUCAUGUGGCUGUUUCUGGAUUUGAUCGCCGCCGAGUCUCUGGUGGUCCUGAUCAGCUCUCUGAUCCCCAUUUUCGUCGUCGCGCUCGCUGGAACCGCUUUCGCCAACGGUCUUUGGAUGUGUACUGGUGGUUUCCUUGUUCCACCUCAGACACUCAACCCUUUCUGGCGAUACGUCUUUCACUACAUCGACUACCAGUCGUACGUGUUCCAAGGCAUGAUGGUCAACGAGUUCGGCCAGCGAAACUUCACCUGCGGCAUGAACUCGCAAGGCGAAUGCUCAUGCAUGUACGAGACCGAACUUGCCCACCAGUGCAUGAUUGCUGGCACCGGCGUGCUCGAGAACUACGGCUACAAGGUCGGCGAGACCGGCAAGUGGGUUGGAAUCAUGCUCGGAAUCAUCUGUGGCUACAGAUUUCUGGGCUGGUUGGUCCUGUACCUCCGCAGGACCUAG